AUGCAGGGUCCCUCGCUCCACCGCCUCUCCAAGCCCGUCACCGGAAAUGCAGAUGGCCCUCAGGCUCCUCUGCUGAGUGAAAAACAAUACCACUGCCUUCGAUUUUCAACUCCGGUGCCUCGGGACUCAGUCCAGUGGCUUAAUGUUUUCCGCUGGGGGGAGUUCACAGUGGAGCUGUACCUCCAAACCCUGAGAAAUGACCGUCAUUUCAGCAGAGGCAAACGCCUGAGUAUACCUGGGGUGGAGGUGGCUGAGGUGACGCUUGGUGAUGCCAGUAUGCCUGGAGAGACAGCACUCAAAGCCAGUCGCCAUGGAAACACCCAAUUGCUCAAGCCGGGUACGGGUCUGUACCUGCAGCCCACUGAAGCACUUUACUUAGAUAGAGACCGCCUUGCACAAGAUGAUACGAAGGAAGACUCCAAAGAGUGGAUGUCACUAGCAGACUUGAGCCGCGAUGACUCCUCCUGUCUCGAAGGCUGUGUGCAGUUAGAAAGGAGGUGGAUGCUCUGGCACGAAUUCAUGAAGGAAUAUUCUUCAUUGGACGACUGGCUUCAGUCAGCAGAGAAAUUGGCUGCUUCCCCAAACUCCAGCCAUGUGCUGUACAUCACUGCGAAAGAGGAACUGCAGAAAUUUGAGAGUCUCCGCACUGAGGCUAGGCUACGCUUGGCCCAGCUGGACAGCCUGAGCCAGAGGAGCCGCAUCCUACUGGGUCUGUUCAGGGGUGCCAUGAGAACCCGAUUGGUAGAAAUGACCAAAGAAUGUGGACGGCGUUGGGACCAGCUCAGCACCACUGUGGACUCCGUCUGCCGCCGGCUUAAGCACUUUGUGCUCCAGCGAGAGGACUUUGAGAGGCAGAGGGAGGAGAUGGCUGUCUGGCUGGCAGACAUGGAUCUGAGACUGACCGAGGUGGAGCACUUUUCUGAGAGGAACACCUGUGCCAAGAUGCGGCAGCUUCAGGGCUUCCAGCAGGCAGUGGCUGAAAGUGCAUGUCGUCUGAACGCAUUGCUCGAGCAAGGAGAAGAGCUGAUCCAGCGGAGUGAGCCGGCUGAUGCUCAGUCCAUUGAGAGCCAGCUGCAGGAGCUGCUGCUGUACUGUGCUCGCGUCUUCCAGGGCCUGGGCCGCCUUCAUACACGCCUUCUCAGCAUGAGACUGGUGUUUGAGGAGGACUGGCCUUUGUGUCCUGACUCAGGAUGCCCAUCUGAGACAGUGCUGGAGGAGGAUGCUGUGGUUGAUCACAGUACAUCUCCUCCAGCUCAGAACAGCACUGCUCAGCUCUGCCAUGAGCACCUGGUCCUAGAGUGGGACCCCUCAGUGGACAUCGGGGGUUCCAUCUCCCACGAUGAUGCAGACUCCUCUUACUUCAGUGCUAGUGCAGGUGUCUGCAGCGCAGAGGAACUGCUUACCAAAGAUCCUCUGAGGAGGAGAGCUUACCUGAGUCCAGCGGACUCGCGAAAGGCCCAAACAUGUGUCCAGCAGCCGGUCACAGAGAGGAGCUUAGAGGGUGUGGCUCCACCCCGGGCCCCGGUGCCAGACGCUGGCAGGCUGCAGUACGAUGGGCUUUGGAAAACCUCCACUCCAGACUCGCACUCGCCUGAGCCUGUCACCUUUGACCCUGAGCGCAUCAGUGCCUGGCUGGGCCAGACGCACAGGCUUUGCUCUAAAGCUGUCCAAACAGAGCUCGCUCCACAGCAGUGCUCCAGUUUUACUUCAUCACCAUCCACCCAGGAGGAGGAGAGGAGGAGGAGGUGGGGGGAGUGGAGUAUCUGGAGAAUGUGCUCCCCAAGAGGCCCCCCUACUCAUUGCAAGCACAAAACAUGUGUUCCACUCAGUCAGGUGACCUUCCACCUCACUCCAGCAGCUGUCAUCCAAACCCACAGUUUGGAAUUAAAGACCAGGUGUUUGAAGAGACCGUGCUCCAGUGACUCAGAGGAGGAUAGCAGCCGCAAUAAGACGCAUCGUGGUCAGGUGGUUUCUGCAGAUCGUUGUGGCCCCUGGUCCCAGAGAAGCUUCAAACUAAUGGAUGUGCUAAGAGCCCCAGCUCUGCUCUAUGUUCUGCUGGCUCUGCUGCUGGUUGUGGUGAUCUGGCCCCCCGCAGUGCUCCAAGACAACCAGUGCCACCGCUCCAACUCUCUGGAGCGCUCUUUUCACUUUGCCCUGCGCUACGUCAACGGACCACCUCCAACCUAAGGACAGCAGGAUUGUUCCGUACCUUAAAAACAGCAGCUUAUAAUGUUCUGAAAGGAGAGCACUGGGACAAGAGCUGUGUCUGCCAUGUGGCAUUGGUCUUAUGUAUAUUUGUUGUACUUGACACUGGCACGUUUAGGCUCAGAAACUCAAGGAGUGUGCUUAUUGAUUGAGAUUGGUAUUUGUGUAAACUAAAUUUUGAGCCGUCACACUGGCAACAUUCUCUUCGUUUACCUAUUAAGGCACAUCUAACUAGAUACAUGUAGAUUUGGUUAAGUAAAGGCCUGUGCAUAAGCCAAACAUUCAGUGCUAAAAUGUCCUGUGUAAGUCUAAUUUGUGGGACCAGAUUUCACAAAAAUACAAUUGGGGAAAUGUUAUGGGCAUUCAGCACUGUGUUUACAAAAGCAACUUAUGGCAUUUGGGAAUGAAGAUGACUGAAGAGUUGUAUAGCAUAUUAUAAUUACAUACAAAUUAUUUAUUAAUAUUUUUAAAAGUAUAAAUAAUGUCAAUUAAAAUGUAGCCUAUUGUAUGAACUGUUUGAGAAACCUCCAUGCAGAAAACCUGCAAGACAGAAAACCUUUUUUGGGUACUGCAGAAAAAAGAAGCAGAACCACUACUACAUGAAGCAUUCUCUGUUUACUAUGCUGUCAGUAAACUCCUUGUGCUGUCUGUGGCACCAAUUCAGCAACAUCGGAC